UUCUUCGAGGUCUUCAUUCUGGCCUCUACCACGAUCCAACGCAAGACUCGACGCGAGAAACAAUGGCAAUCGCUGACUGGCUUGAAGACUGGGAAAAAGUGUUCUGGCCCCAAGGAAUGGCCGGAGUUGCGAGACCUGGACUUGCGCGAGCCAAGUGCGGGUACCGUUGCUUUGCUAGUCAACAUGCAUAUCGAACCCGGAGAACAAAACGCUGUGUAUAUUCACGACUCCAAUGACGAUCAAGUCGCCAUGGUAGGAAGUGGCGACUACGAAGGGUACUCUGUCAUAAUACCAUGGCAGAUUGGGCUGAAGUACGUUUGCUAUGGGUCAUGUAAGGUAGCCGAGGUAAAGGUAAUCGAGGAUACUUCUACAUGA